UGGCACAAGUGCAUUGCAGUUAAAUAAGCAAAACAAAAACAAUUGCAACGCAGUUUUAUUUUUGUUUAUAUCCAAAUUCAUGUCCAGGCAUUCACAUUCCCCCAAAGUCUGUGCGGAAGGGGCUGUCGUGGCGUCGUCGCUUCCCGAGACGGAGUUACAUAAACUAUGGAUACACUGCAAUCUCUGCUUUGAGCUGUUUGCGCUCAAGCGUCACGUUUUCUUCCUGCUGGCAUGCCAGCACGUGAGCUGCGAGAAGUGCGUAAAAUCCUGCCUGGGACGCACGCCUAGUGAUGCGCUCAUCUACACGUGCCCCGUUUGCCACAAAAGUGUGCGUGGCCGGCAGGUGAACAAUGUGAUGCCCAACAAUCUAAAGCGAAUGUUUCAUCCGGAGCCAUGGAAUCUCGCGCUUGACCACAUCGAAAAAUUCCAGCAGACUAAUCAAAAACAUUUUGACAAGUACAAGGAGAAGAAGGAGAAGGAGUUGGAUAAAUUGGACAAGGACAUUCAAUUGGCCAAAUCCGUGUGCCAGCAGCAUUUUCGCGAGCAACAAAUGCUGCGCGUGGAGCGCAGAAAACUCGCCAUGCGAGUGCGUCAAAUUAAAUUGCAGAUGGUCAAGAAAAAGGAGGCUGAACGUUUUUACAUUUCCCAACGGCGCAGAUCAAAGGAAGACCGACAGGGAUCUACACUUGGUUCCAGGGCCUCGCCCAGCUUUCGAAAACCUAUGCCACCGCCCCAAUCAAUGCAAGCUACGAUAGAUGCAGCCAAUCGUAGGCAGCAGAUCACCAGCUUUCUUCAAGAUUCAAAUAAUUCAUUCGAUCUAUAAAUGUAUCCUCAGUAUUUAGUAGUACCAAUUAUUUUUAAAAGCAACUGCCAUGAUUGAGUUACCAUCUCUAGUAUCUCUAGUUUGUAAUCGACAGGGCGUUGGUGGCGUGGGAUAUGAUUGAAUAUGUGCCAUUUUUGUGGGUUAACC